UCGUUUAGAAUUAAACGACAUGAUGUGUAUACUAAUAAAAACUUUUCAGUAUUGUAUCAAAAAACCUAACUAUAUUCUCUAAACCAUUCCCGCCGAGCUUGACCAGAGCUGAGAAAUCAACAAUGGCUUCCGUUGUCUCCAAAAAGCGAAAGAAGAACACCACUUCCCUUUCACACCUCAAAACCCUAGGCCACGACCUCCUCACCUCCAGAGCUCACAUCAACAAUCUCCCCACACUCCUCUCCUUCGUCUCUUCCUCUUCGCCUCCUCAGUAUGUACUCGAAGCUCUCCUCUCACUCCAAGCUUUCUUCACUUCUGUUCUCCCCGACCUCCCUUCAUCUUCCAAAAAGCCUUCCUCUCGCGCCGUUUCACAGGACGACCCAGAGUUUAUUUACAGAACGUGGCUCAAAGCUAAAUUCGAUGAAUUCGUUAAAUCUCUCAUCGACGUCUUGGUUUCGCCCCAAUCCGAAGAAACUAUCAAGGAAUUGGUAUUGGAUACAUUAAUGGAGUUUGUGAAGCUGGGAAAUGGUGGAAGGUUUAAUUCUGCUAUAUACCACAAGCUUGUACAUAGCAUUGUUCACUCUGCCACCCCUGUCACUUUCUUGUUGGACUUGCUUGUUUCGAAAUAUUUCAAGUACAUUGAUAUCAGGUACUUUACAUACAUUAUCGUGGAAAAGAUUUGUAGAACUUUGGAGGAGAAAAGCGUGUCAGAUGGCGACAAUGAGAGUCAAUCUAAAGAAAGUACAGAGAACCUAAUUCACAAUGUACAUUACAUUUUAUCUCACAUACCCGCACUAGAAGGCUCAGCUGACAAAGCUGACUAUGAGAUGUGGAGUGGAUCAGGUGAACCUGAAAAUGUCUCUGGGAAGCUAAAAGGGGAAGAUAAAAAGAAGAAGAGCGACCAGAAUAAUUCCAAGAUAUUGACAGCAUCCAAUAGUGCCAAGAAGAUGAAGCCAAAAUUUACUAAAGCAUGGCUUUCAUUUCUUAGGUUGCCACUUCCACUUGAUGUAUACAAAGAAGUUCUGGCCAGUCUCCACACGGCAGUUAUUCCUUACCUAUCCAAUCCUGUUAUCUUAUGUGACUUUUUGACGACAUCAUAUGACAUUGGAGGUGUUAUUAGUGUAAUGGCUCUCAGUAGUCUCUUCAUCCUUAUGACACAGCAUGGUUUAGAAUAUCCCAACUUCUACGAAAAACUAUAUGCCCUACUGGUGCCUUCAAUCUUCAUGGCCAAACAUAGAUCAAAAUUUUUCCAGCUUCUUGAUUCUUGCUUAAAGUCGCCACUUCUUCCUGCAUAUUUAGCUGCUGCUUUUGCUAAGAAACUGAGUCGACUGUCGAUUUCUGUGCCUCCUUCAGGAGCAUUGGUUAUUAUAGCACUAAUCCAUAAUCUUCUGCGAAGACACCCUUCAAUAAACUGUUUGGUUCACCGGGUUGAUGAAGAGGCUAGUAAAGGAGAUUCAGAAGCAGAUAAAAAGGUUUCUGAAAAUUCUGAGGACCCCAUAAACAGUGCAGACGUGUCGAAUAAAAAACUCUGCAUUGAUCAUUUUAAAAAUGAAGAAAGUGAUCCCAAAAAGUCAAAAGCCAUGAGAAGUUCACUUUGGGAAAUUGAUACUCUUCGCCACCAUUACUGUCCCGCUGUUUCAAGAUUUGUUUUGUCACUUGAGAAUGAUCUGACGGUCAGAGCCAAAACAACUGAACUUUCUAUCGAAGAUUUUAGCUCAGGUUCAUAUGCAACAAUUUUUGCGGACGAGAUUAGACGAAGGGUAAAACAAGUUCCACUGGCAUUCUACAAAGCACCUCCCACCUCUUUGUUCUCAGACACUGACUUUGCUGGCUGGACUUUCAAACACGAAGAGGAUAAUACUUCACCGAAACGGCCUCGAUUAUGAAUCUACACAAUUACACUCUCAAGUAAAAACAUGCUCUUUAGUUGAGCAAUUUCGAGUUUGAGCUUUUGCAUUUUUGCUCUUACCUCCUUUUGGAGAUGUCAUUUUAUAUUUAUUGGCCUCUGCAACAAAUUUUGACCUUUCUUCUUUGUCUUCCUCCAUAGCUUUAGGCAUUGCAAACUGUACCUCAUAUAGUAUGACAAUGACUUCAUAGUAAAGAUUAGUUAAAAAGUUAAAUUUAAAGUUUUUGGCAUUUUAAAGUUCUAUAGUACAAAUUAGAUGAAUUCAAGCCUCAAAUUGAAUAGUAGUUUCAAAAUAAUAUAAACGUAUGACCCAAUCUAUUUAUGUACAUGAGAGAGAUAAUAAUAACAAAAUGCUACCGUACUACAAAAGUAAAAUUUCCCAAGAAAUAAAGACAUGAUCUUAUAAAUGAAACUGAUUUCCCUUAAAAAAGAAAGAAAAAAGAAAGAAAAAAUGGAACUGAUUUAGUGAUUGUUCAUUGCCAUUCAGAGAUUAUAAGUCAUAAGCUCUGUUUAUACACCACUAUCUAAGGCCUCCUGAAGAAGGUUCAAACCUUCUGCUGAUAUGCUCCUACUGA